UAACAAUUGUAAUAAAAAGUGAGGUUAUGAUUCAUUUCUCUUAACCUAAAAAUGUCAAACAAUCUAAUUUUAACUGGUUAUCCAGGUGUAGGAAAAACUACAUUAAUUAAAAAAAUCGUUAAUUACUUACAAUCGAAACAUAUUGAAGUAACUGGAUUUUACACCGAAGAGGUUAGAAAGGAUACAAAAAAUAGAAUUGGUUUUGAUGUAAUAACCUUAGAGGGAAAACAGGGUGUUUUAGCCAGAACCAAAGAACAUACAAAUGAAGAAUCUAAACAUUACGUUGGACAAUACUUAGUGUUUCCCGAUCAAUUAGAAUCAUUAGUUUUGCCAUUAUUUCAGGUACCUGCAAAAGUCAUUGUAAUUGAUGAGAUUGGAAAAAUGGAAUUAUUCAGUGAUAAAUUUAAAACGGAAGUUACAAAUUUGUUUAAAUCAAAAAGCAAGUUGGUUAUAGCAACAAUUCCGGUUAAAAAGGGGUAUCCAAUAAAAUUUGUUGAGGAUAUUAGAGAAAAUCCUCAAAAUGAUGUGAUUAUGGUUAAUCGUGAAAAUAGGAACAAAUUAUUUAAUGAAAUUAUUACUAAAUUACGAUAUUAAUUUUAUUUUUUAUAAAACUUUAAUACUUUUAUUUCAUCACAACAAAAAUCUUGGUGUUGAUCUAUUUUCGGUACAGAAACUUGUACGAAAUUCUUGUUCAUUUCAUUUAAAAAAUAUUCCCAAUUAUUUUUUUGUUUCUCACUAUCUCUUAAUUCCUGUGCCAAUAUUAUUUCCGUAAACGAAUUACUAUAAUCUAAUAAAGUUUUUAUUAACGGA